ACAGAUUCCAUUUCUUCCCCUCCUAGCAACCAGUACUUUACAAUGACACUCUACAUCCGGCCUUUGUCUGUGCGCGAUCUCGACCAGUGCGUAACUGUCGAAUCCGCAGCUUUUCCACCUGCUGAAGCUGCGACUCGCGAAAAAAUUGAGUACCGUUUGACAGUAUGCCCUUCUAUUUGUCUCGGGUUGUUCGUCCGUGGAGCUACGGGUAACCUUGAGGGUACACGACAACAGGGCAGCAUACCGGUCUUGGCCGAUGUGCCUGAAGGAUCCAAAAAUGAUAGAUUGAUCGCGCAUACUAUCUCCACGCAAUCAACCUCGCCGGUGGUUAAAGAUGAGGACAUGGCCGUCCCAGUUACCUGGAAGACGAUCCCUUUGGCGACAUACCAGGUUGGCCAUAAUCCUGAUGGCAGAACCAUUGCGCUUCACUCGCUUGCUGUGUCACCACCUUUCCAAAGAUUGGGCUACGGCAAGAAGCUGAUGGCAGUCUAUAUCGAAGAAAUGAGACGAACAGUUCAGGCAGACAGGAUCUCAAUUCUUACUUAUGACAGGCUUGUUCCUUACUAUCAAGCAUUGGGCUUCACACAUUUGGGCAAGAGUCAGUCUGAAUAUGCAGGGGUUGCGUGGCAUGACUUGGCGUAUGAAUUUUGUCCAAUCUAGACACGCAUGCAUUAGCCCAACUACUUGCUCGCACUUUGCUGAGUCCUAUGGUCCUUCGCCCUGGCAUGAGAAGACAACAAUAUGCAUACUGGCGUUGUGCGUUUCAGCUAGAAGCCUUUGGCUGUUUGGGUUUGGUGCUUGGUCGUCUGCUUCUUUACAUCACUUUUCGCGAGUUUCUCUGCACGUAGAAUGUUCUAAUAGAUUAACCAUAAUCAAUAGAGCAAACAUGCC